AUGGCAUUCUCUUCAUAUCUAUCUAUCUAUAUCUAUGGCAUUCUCUUAAUAUCUAUCUAUCUAUCUAUGGCAUUCUCUUCAUAUCUAUCUAUCUAUAUCUAUGGCAUUCUCUUAAUAUCUAUCUAUCUAUCUAUGGCAUUCUCUUCAUAUCUAUCUAUCUAUCUAUGCCAUUCUCUUCAUAUCUAUCUAUCUAUCUAUGCCAUUCUCUUCAUAUCAAUCUAUCUAUCUAUGGCAUUCUCUUCAUAUCUAUCUAUCUAUCUAUGGCAUUCUCUUCAUAUCUAUCUAUCUAUCUAUCUAUCUAUGCCAUUCUCUUCAUAUCUAUCUAUCUAUGCCAUUCUCUUCAUAUCUAUCUAUCUAUGGCAUUCUCUUCAUAUCUAUCUAUCUAUCUAUGGCAUUCUCUUCAUAUCUAUCUAUCUAUGGCAUUCUCUUCAUAUCUAUCUAUCUAUGGCAUUCCCUUCAUAUCUAUCUAUCUAUAUCUAUGGCAUUCUCUUAUCUAUCUAUCUAUCUAUCUAUCUAUCUAUCUAUCUAUCAUCUAUCUAUCUAUGGCUUUUUCCCUUCAUAUCUAUCUAUCUAUAUCCAUGGUUCUCUUAA